AUGGACGAGGACUUCUCCUCUCAGAUGAAGAAGAUGGCCUUGGCCAUGGGCACGUCCCUGUCAGACAAGGACAUAGAGUUGCUGCCCACGGACAUGAGGCAUCACGGCUCCUUCAACUACCUCAAGUUCUUGGAGUACAUGCAGAAGUUCCAGGCCUCGGGGCAGCUGGAGAGCGCCAUCCGCCAGGCCUUCCAGACUCUGGACAAGGACAAGAGUGGCUUCAUCGAGUGGAACGAGAUCAAGUACAUCCUGUCCAUCGCCCCCAGCAGCACACCCACCGCCCCGCUGACGGACGAGGAGGCAGAGGCCAUGAUCCAGGUGGCAGACACGGACGGGGACGGCAGGAUCGACUUCGAAGAAUUUUCUGACUUGAUCAAAAAGGAGAAAGUUCCAAAGAAGAAGUAAUACCACACCCAGCCCUGGGCCAGAGGAAGCUGCACCACAGGGCAUCGCGGGGUGUUUGUGUGCCCGAUCAAGGAGGCCGUGGGGGUGGACGCGGCAUGUGCCAGGGAAAUGGAAGAAAAAUGUCAUUAAAUGAACAAUGCAG